UGCGUGAGUACUUUCUCUGUAACUUCCCCCGUGGUGCGAGCACAUGAAGCUGGACUGCAAAGCUGAUCUCUCCUGCGGGCGGUUUCCACACACUGUUCAGGUUCACAAAUGGAUCCCUUCACUCUGAGUGAUGAAGACAUAAAUUCACUUUUAAACGACUACAAUGCCUCUUCUGACUCCCCAUAUGACUGUUGUGAUGGGGGCGAAGUCUGCGACCUGGAUGAAGGCACGCGCUUCGAGGCGGUCUUCAUACCUGUCCUGUACUCGGUGGCCUUUGUUGUGGGCAUCCUGGGGAACGCAAUCCUGUUGGGGGUGCUGUGUCGGAGCAGGAAGAAAUGGAGCGUCACAGACACCUUCAUCCUCCACCUGGGGGUGGCGGAUGUCCUGCUGCUGGUCACGCUGCCCUUCUGGACUGUGCAGUACGCUCGAGAGAGAGGAUGGGCAUUCGGCACCGUCCACUGCAAGAUAACCGGAUCUGUUUUUACGAUCAACUUCUACACCGGGAUCUUUCUCCUGGCCUGCAUCAGUCUGGACCGCUACCUGUCCAUCGUCCACGCCACGCAGAUGUACUCCCGCAGAAACCCCUGGGUCGUUCAUGGCAGCUGCAUGGCUGUGUGGCUCUUCUCCCUGCUCCUCUCCAUUCCUGACUGGAUCUUCUACGAGGCCAUGUACGAUCCCAGGCGGGAUAAAACGGAGUGCAUUCGGAACUACUUCAGUUACGGCCUGGAGGCACUGAAAGCGUGGCGGCUGGCGUCGCGCCUGGUCUACCACGUCGUGGGCUUCCUGCUGCCUUCGGUCAUCAUGAUCUACUGCUACGCCUGCAUCCUGCGCCGACUUCGCUGCGGCACCCAGGGGCUCCAGAAGCAGAAGGCGUUCAGGGUCAUCAUCUCCGUGGUGGUGGUGUUCUUCCUCUGCUGGACGCCGUACAACAUCACGCUCAUGGUGGACACCCUUCAGCUCGACAACAACAACACCUGCAGAGCCACGCUGUCCCUGCAGAAAGCAACCGUGGUGACCUCCUGCCUGGGCUACCUCCACUGCAGCCUCAACCCCAUCCUGUACGCCUUCGUGGGGGUGAAGUUCCGUCGGCAGCUCCUGAGCAUCCUGAGGUCUCUGGGCUGCAAGGUGAAGAUGGGCGCCAAAUUCCAGUCCGUGGCCAGCAGCCGGAGGAGCUCUGUUUGGUCGGAGUCUGCAGACACCUCCAACUCCAUCGCAAUCUGAGGAAGACACACACACACACACACACACACACACACACACACACACACACACACACACACACACACAUACUGGCUUAUCUACAGGCUUUACACCUCAAACUAAGGAGGCAGAUACUUGAGAACCUGGAUUCUCCAUCUCUCUCUAGAACUCUCACUUGCACUUGUUGGCAGCAAACUUUUCUCGUUGGCGCAAAUUUGACCCCUUUGUGAACGACAGCAUUAUGUCAUAGGUUAAAGCCACGUAUGUUUUUGUAGCAGGAAGACUUUGAUGAUUGUAUUGAGAUGUUGUUUUAUAAGAAAAAUGCAAAUCUUUUGGUUUUAUAUCACAUUUCUUUUCAAGUUUUUAUAUAUUUUGAUAUUUUGUUUUUGAUAAAGUGUACAAUAAAGUUUGUUUUUGAAAAACCAACAA